AUGCCGGUCCCGCCGGGUCCCGGGACUCCCGGCAGCCUGAGGAACGAGCAGGGCGACGAGGGACGCGUCUACCAGGCUCCGGUCGCUGUGGCAGCUCGCCGUAGCAUCGCGGCUGCACCGGGCCAGCUCGCCAGUAACUUCCCGCCUACGACCGAACUAGCUCAGGCUCUCCACUGCAAGCGCUCGCUGAGCGGCGGUCGUCGCCUCUGCAGCGGUCUUCCCCUCUUCUCCGAUUUUCCGGGGGGCUCCGGAGGCUCCGUGGAGUUAGCGCGCCGCGGGAGCGGGAAGGCCGGGCACCGCCCACGCCCCGCCCUCCGCCCUGGCGGCGCACUGGCCGGCGGCGCGCUCGCCCCGCCCCCGCGGCCCCGCGCUCUCCUCUGCCCGCGCAGGGCCUGGGUCCGCGGGGCGGCGGGCCGCGGGGUUCCUGCCCACCGGCCGCCCCUGCCCAAGCGGGGUCGGGGCCGCCCGGACGGGCCUGCUGGGCUGGGGCUGACUGGCUGCAGCCCGCGACGCCGAGCCCCUGGCGGGCGGGACCCCGGCGGUGGUAACCCCGCGCCGGCUGAGGCUCUAGAGGCUCCGCGGCCCUACCGCUGGCGGGCGGAGAGCGCUCGGGCGCUCCUGGCGUCUCCUCUGCUGGACCCGGGCCGCUCCCGGCCUCCGCGCUCCCGGGCCAGGCUCGCGGAUUGGAGCGGCCUGGCCUGCGGCUGUCGCCUCCUCCUCCGGGAGCGCGCUCUGGCUGAACCCCGUUGCUCCACCACAGGCCUUGGCACCUGUCAGGUCAUUGCCAGGGCUGCGGAGGCGACCCGACUGACAGCGCCAGACAGAAGUCUUGUAGACUGAGUUGUAGGAGAACGGAAAAUUGGUGCCCAGCCCAGCUGUCAUCAGAGAGACUUCAUCC